AUGAAGGACCGCGUGAAGAGGAUAUACAUUUACAUAAAGUCAAAUUUGAACAAUAUAUCGAACAUAGCAAGUAUAAUAUGCCUCCUCGAUUGUGCUUUAAUUCCGGUCAUCACUGUCCUGAUUUCUAUCUUUGAUGUGGUGAAGGGUUCUCAGGAUGGCCACGCUAAUGCGGGAGAUCACGACCACGGCCAUGACCACAGCCAUGACCACGGAAAUGGGUGGCACGAAAUAGUAGAGAGGGUUGCGCUAUAUGUGAUGACGCCGAUAAUAUCAUUCACAACCAUUUACAACUUCGUUCAACUGAAGAACAUCUCCCUGCUGCUUAUGACGCUGGUGGGAAUUACAUUGUUUAUUCUGUCGCACGCGCAUAUUCCGGUCAGCAACCCAAAUGUAAUGAGUUUUUUAAAAAAAGUGCACAUGCCAAUGGCAAUAUUAGCGGCAGUUAUUUUAAUAAGCACAAAUUAUGCAGCGCACAAACUUUUAAAGGCGAAAAACUUAGAUCGGUGUUGUAAACACAAAAAAAUACCGAAUCAUUGCGAUGAACAGUCGUGCAAAGAGCACCAUUCUUGCCAGCAUCACCAUCAUCAUCACCACCACCAGCAUGACAUAGAAAUGAAUGGGAAUAACUACGAUAUGCAGAAUAGCACAGGCAGCAGUGAUAAGGCGGCCAACUUUGAAAAGUAUUAUAAUAUUGGAUUUCAGCAGAAUGGUGAUCACGAAUUAGUUAGAUUUUUGUGA